AUGAGCAAGCCAAUUGUCCUCUACAGUCACGCUACUGGCCCAAACCCAUGGAAGGUUGCCAUCAUCCUCGAGGAGCUCAAGGUUCCCUAUACUACAAAGUUCAUCAACAUGGCCGAUAUGAAGAAACCACCCUUCGAAACCCUCAACCCCAACGGCCGCGUCCCCGUCAUCGAAGACCCGAAUACUGGUAUCACACUCUGGGAAUCCGGCGCCAUCAUCGAAUACCUCGUACAGACCUACGACACCACAGCAACUCUCACCUACACCUCAUCUCCAGAGCGCUUCUAUGUUUCCCAAUGGUUGCAUUUCCAGAUGAGUGGCCAAGGCCCAUAUUUCGGACAAGCGGUAUGGUUUACGAGAUUCCAUGAGGAAUCGCUUCCUAGUGCGAAGAAGAGGUACCAUGAUCAAGUCAAGAGGGUGUUUUAUGUGUUGGACAAGGCGUUGGAGGGGAAGCAGUGGCUGGUUGGUAACAAGUGCACGAUCGCUGAUCUGUCUUUCGUCACCUGGGACCUCAUGCUGCCCUUCAUAUUCGGCGAUGAUACUGGUAGUCUUGAGCUGGAGAAGAAUUACCCCAACUACUUUGCGUGGAACAAGCGUCUUAUGGAAAGAUCUGCCGUUAAGAAGAUUGUUAAGGAUAAGACUGAAGCAACGGCUGUCCACGAAUAA